AAGUAUACUAUUGGUGUUGGUUGAAUGCUCUCAGCAUAGUUUUUCAGCUCUGAGUGGUCUGAUAGUGGUCAACUGUAACAUUGUAUUCAACUAAAGGACUUCAAUCAGAAAUUAAAUCUAAAUUAAAGGGAAUUAGAUCAAAAGGAUAUUUCUCAGUUAUUUCAUGAUUAUAACUGUGUGUUUUUGAAAGUUGAGCUAAAUGCAGAUGUCGUCUUCAUGCAUAUGAUGGAAAGCUACAUCAUGUCCUCUGCAUCUGAAGAAAUAAUCCCAUAUGAACCUGAUAUUUAUCAACCACCAGUGGAUUUAUACUCAUAUGUCACCAAUGUUGGAGAACUUCACGAUGAGCAUGGCUGGGACUACCACUCUGACCGGGGCAUGCACCAGAGGGACUUGUUGGACACCUCCUCACAAGAGAGUCACCUGACAGAGCUACAGAGUGUCCAUUCCCAACAGCUCCUCCACCCCUAUCGUUACCCCGAUACCGACACCCUCCACCUGCCACUAGUAGGCCCAGGACUGGGACCCCUACCCAUCUCCCCACAGAUGCCGUAUUACACCCAUACAUCAUACUACCAGCACCAGCCUCCUGUGUCCCCUAGGCACUGCUGCUCAGAGAAGGAGGAACCUGGGGGCCACAUCCCCCCACUGGAGGUGUCCGAGGGUGAAGAGGAGGACUGCGGAGACCAUGUCCCCUUUUGGGGAGACUCCAGUAACAAGAGGAAGCACCGCCUGUACCAGUUUCUCCUGGAUCUGCUGAGGAAAGGAGACAUGAAGGACAGCGUGUGGUGGGCGGACAGAGAGAAAGGAAUCUUCCAGUUCUCCUCUAAACACAAGGAGACCCUGGCCAAUCGCUGGGGCACACAGAAAGGAAACAGGAAGAGGAUGACCUAUCAGAAGAUGGCCAGGGCCCUGCGGAACUACGGCAAAACGGGAGAGAUCAAAAAGGUCAAGAAGAAACUGACCUACCAGUUCAGUCCGGAGGUACUGAGGAAAGUCUUGACUACAGAGAGGAGGCACUACCCUCACUAGGAGUACCAGAGAUUGUUCAUAUAAUGCCCCUUGAUAUGGGCUUUGGGAGUAGGCCUACCCUCACUGAUAUGCAUUGCAAAUAGGACAACAAUGACUGUCUACUGUAAUUCUAUUUCAUUACAUUUCAAAUGAUACCCCAGAAACAAUCAGGUAGCCUUAAACAUGUUUAGAUUUUUUUUUAUCGGUGUUUGCAUAUUCCAUGUAUAUUUAUUUCCUUAACUGAACAUGUCGUCAUGUUCUGAGUUGCAUCAUCUUGCUCUUGACUCUCUAUCUUUGUUUCUGUGAAGGAAAAAGCAAUAAAGUAUAUUUUGCAAAUGCUCUA